AUGUUGACAUGGUUGUUUCUACCGUUCAUGCUUCAAUAUAUCGCCACUGUUCCUGUUGGAGUUAUACAUGAUGUCUCACUGACUCUUUCGACUCCUCUUACAAUGUAUGGUACAACUCAAAAGUGUCUUUGUGAAAUGAUAACCUCAUCAAAUAUUUCAGCAUUCAAUUAUUUUUCAAAUAGUACUUGUCAAAUUUUUUCAAAAACAUCAAUAACAAAUACAGCAAUCGAUACCACCCAAAUCACUACUAAUGAUAUAUUAUCAACCUUACCUUCUAUAAGCAUUUCCUCUACAAGAACAUCAAUGUCUAGUAAAAUGUCCAUUGUCUAUACGACGGAGUCAACGAUUCUCAGUUUUGUCGUAGCUGGUACCGGCAUAGCAGGUUCUUCUAUGACACAGUUGAAUGCGCCAAAUGCUGUUUUUGUUACUGCAGAUGAAAUUCUUUGCGUAGCCGAUUACUAUAAUAAACGUAUACAAGUAUUCUAUCCUAAUAAUACAACAGCCGCAUUUUCUCAAAAAGUGUUGGGUUCACCAAAUAGUGUCUAUGCUGUUAAUUCGUCAAAUUUCUAUGUAACUGAAGCUAUAGGAAGCAAUGGUCGUGUUUCAAGAUGGCCUUCAAACCAAACUAUAUAUGUAGAUACGUCUACUUAUGGUAUAACAAUGGAUAGUCAGAGGAAUUUAUACAUAUCAUCACGUUAUAAUAAAGUUACUCUUUGUGAUAUGAUAUCAAACACAAAUACCAUUAUCAUACCAACAUCUGCAGGUCUCAGCCAAUCCCGGCAUAUAUAUUUAGAUGAAGAAAAGCAAUCGCUUUACAUAGCAGAUACAGCAAAUCAUCGUAUUGUCAAAUUUCAAUUAAAUACAAGCAUUUUAACGGUUGUAGCAGGUGGAAAUGGAGUAGGUACGGCUGCUAAUCAACUUAACAAUCCGGCAGGUGUUUGUGUAUCAAAACGACAUAGUACUAUUUAUGUAGCCGAUACAUUUAAUAAUCGAAUUCAAAAAUGGAUGAUCAAUGGAACUGUUGGUGUGACUAUCUUUGGUAAUGCAAAUGGCACAUCCGGAAGUGGAGGUCGAGAGCUGAAUGCGCCUUAUUCAAUAACUAUCAAUGCCGACGGAACAUUUCUUUAUAUAGCUGACACUAAUAAUCAUAGGAUUCUACGACUUUCAAUAGUCUAA